GGUGCAAACACGAGCCAACCACGUCGUUCUGCCCGCCUUGCACAAAAAUACGCAGCACAGCAAGCGCACAAGCACCAGCAGCAGCGCAAGAAGAAGAAGGGAGGGUGCGCGCGUGUGUGUGCGUGAGUUUGAGAAGUGCGCUGUUCGUUGGUGGCCUGCCGGUUGUGAGCCAAGCAAGUGCAGGUGAACGCGUGAAUUGUGCGAGGUGCAAGCGCAGCAGCUCCCUCUCCUCCCCCCCCCGCUCGUCUGAUAGCGCGAGAGAAUGGACGAGACCAGAGAGGCCCGGGACAGCCAGGCCGGCAACGAUGACGGCCGCCGCCUGGCCCACGCUCCGUCUCGGCCACACAUCUCAAAGACAGUGUCGACCCAGGAGCAGAGCGCCACCGACGCAAGCCACGGCGCAUCGCUCGCAGCGUCCAACGCAAAGAACGAGCCCUCGACAGGCGCGCUCAAGGUGGCCAGCAACGGGCCAGCCGCGCUUGCCACCAGCACGGCCUCUGCGGUGCACGCCAAGGAGUCUGCGCCGCGCCCGCAGAAGAAGGCGUCCCUGCCCGACGCCGGCUCUGUCGGCCCCUCCGCGGCCAAGAAGAUCCACAAGCCCUCGUCUGCGCCGCACCAGUUUGAUGACGCCAGUGACGACGAGGAGGAGGUCGACGAGUACAAGCGCGGCGGGUACCACCCCGUGUUCCUCGGCGACAAGUACAAGUCCAAGUACCUCGUGGUGAAGAAGCUUGGCUGGGGCCACUUCUCCACCGUGUGGCUGGUGGAGGACUCCAACUCAACCAACUUCUACGCCAUGAAGAUUGUCAAGAGCGCGUCCCACUACACGGAGGCGGCGCAGGACGAGAUUAAGCUCAUGCGCGAGGUGGCCGCCGCAGACCCGCGCGCCCGCUCCCGCCAGCGCGUCAUGCAGAUGAUUGACGACUUUCGCGUCUUCGGGCCCUUUGGCACGCACGUGGCCAUGGUGUUUGAGGUCAUGGGCCACAACCUGCUGCGCCUCAUCCGCCACUUCAACUACCGCGGGCUGCCCUCCGUCCUCACCAAGCGCAUCAUCAAGCAGACGCUGCAGGGCCUCGACUACCUCCACUCCAAGUGCUCCAUCAUCCACACGGAUAUCAAGCCAGAGAACAUCCUCAUGUGCCUCACGGAGCGGGAGAUCCACGCCAUGGGCCAGCUUGCCAAGGCCACGUACGCCGACCAGCCCCCACCGCGCUAUGCCAGCCGCCUUGGAAAGAACAAGAAGACCCGCCAAUGUGCCUCAGAGGCAGAUCGCGAGCACGUCAACCUUGACGACGUGCCCCGCAUCCGUCCUCUGCGGGAAAAGCUGUUGGACGAGGAGUUUUUCAAGACGUGCCAGGUCAAGAUUGCAGACCUCGGCAACGCCUGCUGGGUGGAUAAGCACUUUGCGGCUGUGAUCCAGACACGGCAGUACCGCAGUCUCGAAGCCAUCCUCGGCAACAACUACGACCAGAGCGCUGACAUCUGGAGCGUCGCAGCCCUGACGUUUGAGCUGGCCACUGGCGACUACCUCUUUGAUCCCCACAGCGGCCGCAACUUUGAUCGCAAUGAAGACCACAUUGCCAUGAUUAUUGAGCUUCUUGGCCCCAUCCCGCGCCAGAUUGUCUUCAACAGCCCCCAUGCACCAACAUACUUUGACCGCAACGGCAACCUGCGCCACAUCAAGCGCUUGAAGAUGUGGCCGCUGCAGGAUGUGCUGAUGCAGAAGUACAAGAUGCACAAGGACAGCGCCAAGAUGAUGACGGAGUUCCUCCUCCCCAUGCUCCGCUACGAGCCGCUGUUCCGCGCCACCGCCUCGGAGUGCGCCCGCCACGGCUGGCUCAAGAUCACCGACGAGGACAACACCGAGCUUGGGCGGUACCUGACCAAGGCGCGUGCAAAGGACCGCGAGCGCCGCCGCCGUGCUGGUGAGCUCACCGACACCCCAAACCACCACCCCCAACAGCAGCAGGACAAAGCCUCGUCAUCCAACACGAAGCAGUCCAAACAAGCCAGCGGCGGCAGCAGCAGCAGCAACAGCAACAGCAGCAGCCACGAGCCGAAAUCUGAGGCAGCGGAGAAGCCUAAGGAGACGGCGGUGCUGCCAGAGAACGAGGCGCAGCCGCUCCCACCAGCAUCUGAGGCCGCCACGCCCAGCAAGAACAAGGACGUGCAGGCAGAACCAGCCAUCAAGGGCGGCGAGUGGGCUUAGGCGGCAGGUGCAGCCCUUGAUGGGCAACACAUGCGCAGCGUCAGCUGCUUGUUGUUUUCCCUCCGCUGCUGCUUUCUCGAGCCCUUCCCUUGCCCCUCCUCUUCCUCCUCAUCUCCUUGUCUCCCUUUCCCAGUUCCCGUGACCCCACCCCACCCCCCUCUUUCCCACCUUUCCUGUUGUGGUGUUGCGCUCAUGCUAUGCGUACGCGUGUGUGUUCUGGGCGUGUGGCUGUUUGUGCCCUUGUGCGCGUUGCGGCUUCUAUUUGUGUAUUGCCAGGACUAGUCGUGUCGAUUGCUUGUUUGUCGGUUGGCAGGCACCCUCGUUUAUUUUUCGCCCCGAUGGAUUUGGGUGCUUUGCCCCGUCUGUUUGUUGUCUGGUCACUCGUUUGUAUGUUUGUGUGCUGCCCUCUAACAGCUGCGUAGCGCCGUUGCUCGUGCUUCACCACCCUUCAUUGCGUGUAGAUCGCGCCACGACGCGCAAGUUGUGACGUGGUUCAUGCGUGUGUGUCGUUUUGGAAUGCUGUGCGCCCACCCACACCCCGUAUCCUUUCCUCCAACCUGCCUUGCCUUGGCUCGACGAUUUCUCCCCCCCCCCCCCAACUUCUCGUGUUCUAUUGUCAGUUU